CAGAGAAUGCGUAUGAUCUUACAGUGAAUAAAGAACAGAAGAAGAAGAAGAUGAUGAUGAUGAAGAAACAACUGUUGAUUUUAUAUGGUUAAAUAGAGAGAGAGAGAGAGAAUUGGGGUUUUGGGUUUGCGCGCUAAGAUGUCAGGAGAGGACGAGGCUCUUCUCCUGAGAUCCUCUAACGACAUUAACAAAGACGAAAAUGGUGGCGCUUCUGCAGAGAACGGCAGUGACUUGGAAGCUCAAGAUGGAAUGAGCAGCAGAAAGAACAGUAUCAGUCCGACCAGUAGAAGAGGAGGCAUCGGAGGCUUCAAAGAUCUGCUGAUCAAGCAUUUGGACGGCGCAGGAGGGCUCUCCGGUCGCCGGCUCAGUUUCAAGCGCGGUCGAGAAAACCACAAUCACAGAGAGAUUAGAGAGCCGCGUUCCCCUGUAGAUCCCCACCAUCAACAUCAUAAUCAUCAGCAGCAUCAUGAGCCCUUGGCCGGCAUGGAUGGGAAUGAUGAGCUUGCCGAUAGUGCCCCUCCCGAGUGGGCUUUGCUUCUCAUUGGUUGCCUUCUUGGCCUCGCCACCGGUCUCUUUGUCGCGGCUUUUAACAAAGGGGUACAUGUUAUACAUGAAUGGGCCUGGGCUGGUACUCCAAAUGAUGGUGCUGCAUGGCUCCGUCUGCAGAGACUGGGUGAUACUUGGCAUCGAAUUCUUUUAAUACCGGUCACGGGUGGGGUUAUUGUUGGCAUGAUGCACGGUUUACUUGAAAUAUUGGACCAGAUAACGCAGUCCAGUUCCUCUCAAAGACAGGGUUUUGAUUUACUUGCUGGAGUUUUUCCCACAAUAAAGGCUGUCCAGGCGGCUGUCACUUUAGGUACUGGUUGUUCUUUGGGUCCUGAAGGCCCUAGUGUAGAUAUUGGAAAAUCUUGUGCCAACGGAUUCUCAUUAAUGAUGGAAAACAACAGAGAAAGGAAGAUUGCCCUUGUUGCAGCAGGUGCAGCGGCUGGAAUUUCUUCAGGGUUUAAUGCAGCAGUUGCUGGUUGCUUCUUUGCUAUUGAAACCGUGUUAAGGCCUCUUCGAGCAGAAAAUUCACCUCCAUUUACAACUGCAAUGAUUAUAUUGGCUUCUGUUAUAUCAUCCACCGUAUCUAAUGUUUUACUUGGGACUCAAUCAGCCUUUACUGUGCCUGCAUACGAUUUGAAAUCUGCAGCUGAACUACCUCUGUACCUGAUAUUGGGCAUGCUAUGUGGUGCUGUAAGUGUCGCCUUCACUCGCUUGGUUGCUUGGUUCACAAAGUUCUUUGACUUUAUCAAGGAAAAACUUGGCCUUCCUGCUGUUGCCUGCCCUGCAUUAGGUGGUUUAGGAGCUGGUAUAAUCGCUCUUAAGUAUCCUGGAAUUCUGUACUGGGGUUUCACAAAUGUUGAAGAAAUCCUGCAUACUGGUAGGAUUGCUUCGGCUCCUGGAAUCUGGCUGUUAACUCAAUUGGCAGCAGCCAAAGUUGUGGCAACAGCUUUAUGCAAGGGUUCUGGGCUUGUAGGUGGCCUAUAUGCACCAAGCUUGAUGAUUGGUGCUGCUGUUGGUGCUGUGUUUGGGGGUUCAGCUGCAGAACUGAUAAAUUCAGCCAUUCCAGGAAAUGCUGCUGUUGCCCAGCCACAGGCUUAUGCGCUGGUUGGAAUGGCUGCUACACUAGCUUCAGUUUGUUCGGUGCCAUUGACAUCAGUCCUACUUCUGUUUGAGCUGACAAAAGAUUACCGGAUAUUGCUUCCUCUCAUGGGAGCUGUUGGAUUGGCAAUUUGGGUUCCCUCUGUGGUAAACCAGCCAAUGGAGACUGAACCAUCUGAUACACGGAAUUCAGCAAGAGUAUAUUCUGUUGUUUCGGCCGCUGAAGAGAGAGAUGAAGUUAUGCGGAGACAACUUGAUAGUGGACAUGAUUUGGAACUCUCUGUAAUAGGAAACACUUCUGACUCCAAAACAGUUAGUGAAGAAUUGCUUCUGGAAGAUCUAAAGGUUUCACAGGCCAUGUCAAAGAACUAUGUGAAAGUUCCUGUGAGUGUAACUAUGAAAGAGGCAAUAAAAUGCAUGCGUGACAAUCAUCAGAAUUGUGUGUUGGUGGUUGAUGAUGAAGAUCUUCUUGAGGGAAUAUUAACAUUUGGUGAUGUUAGACGGUUUCAAUCAAAGAAGUCUAGCGAUACAUCCAAGAGCGAUUGUGGAUUUUUGGAUGCAAAUACAUGCCUUGUUUCCUCUGUUUGUACUCGAGGAAUUAGCUAUUGUGGGCGAGCACGUGGUAUAUUUACCUGUUAUCCGGACACAGAUUUAGCAAUGGCCAAGGAACUAAUGGAGGCGAAAGAUAUCAGGCAGUUGCCUGUGGUUAAGCGUGUCAGAGAACCAUCGAAAGAAAUAAAGCGAAGAAUAGUAGCUAUUCUUCAUUAUUCUUCAAUCUUGAACUGUCUCAGAGAGGAGAUUAAAUCACGGGAAAUCAGUCAAUCAACAUAGAAAAGAGAAUCUCGAUGAGGUUACCAAUGGCCUUUACAGUGCCGUUGUCAAACCAUAAGGCGGGACUGCCACUGAAAAGGAGAAGAUCAAAGCUCCAAGCAAAGCUGAGGAAAAGAAAGUUAAUCAGUCGGACUAGUUUUUCCUAUGCAUUUUGGAAUUUGACCUCCAAAUGAGGUUGAUGAUGAAGUAUACAUAUAUAUAUAUAUAUAUAGAUUUCCUGGCCCUUCAUUUGAGGGUUCAAAUUUCGCAAGGGGGUUUUAUUUUUUUGAUACCACAUAUUCUUCUAUGUAAACUACCAAUUUGUUCAUUGUACAUGGAAAGUACAAUUCAUAUGAUGUAAGUUGCAUUACGUAACCUCAUAACUGAAGUUCAUGACGGAAGCAGUAUGGUUGGAAGACAUGAACGAAAUACAAAUCACGAGUUGAAUGAAAAGAGCUGUUAAAAUCCAAAGGGGAUU